CCUGUUAGGAACCUAUCUCUAUACCACCGAUACUGGUAACUGGGUAGGCCUACUGGGCUGGCACAUGGGCCUGGUCCAACACCGACCCAUAGGAGAUACAAGCUACAUAUACUGGGAAGGAUGCAACGCUCAGGCCAUCCAAGUUGGAUCAGGCGAAACGGCGGCGGCUCCUUCCUCCCACCUCGGCUCUUCCUUCCCAUCCCCAUUCAUGCUGUUCAUCUUGUAUCAAAUAGCUAUCAGAAUCCUUGCAGUGUGCUAGAUUAGGUGAAUUGAUCAUCUGGCUGUUAACAUCUGGUAUCAGAGCCAGUCACCAUCUUCCCCAAAAUUUCCCCAAUUUUUUUUUCAUCACAUACAUCGCCAUGACUACCCACUCCCGAGCUCAAGGCCUACCUGGACGAGUGGAGGGCCGAAAUCAAGCUCAUGCGCGACAAGAUGUGCGAUGAUCUUCGCCGACCGCUGACCGGUCUGGCCGAGCCCCCGCCUCCGGCUCCCGCCACCACGACACCACUCGUGGUCGCGCCCGCGGUUCCCAUCACCCGCGCAGUGGUGACCGCGCCCUGCGUCACCGCGCCCGGGGCGAGCUCCAACAAGGCCGACCUCGCCCUCGCGUCGGCAGGGCCGGCUGAGCCUGCGACGCUGGCCUCUGCCAUCGGGGAGGCACUAGCGGUCACUCCCGCUGCACCCAACCGCACCAUCGCUGGGUUGCCCGCGUCCUGUUCGACGGAUUGUGCGGCCCAAACCAUCACCAUGUCGUCAUCGCCGCCCCUGCCGUGGGCAGCCAGGUCGUCAUCGGCACCUGCGUCCAGGACCAACGGCGUGGUCUCUACCGAGUCCGUCCCCGUCGUCCGUCCCCGACAAUGACGCUGCAGUCGUCACUGCGCCAUCGACCACACCUGCAACCACGACGUCACCCCUGCUUUGGGCCAGCGGCGGCGCCAAGAAAAUGGUGGUGGGUAUUCCCACUAGCUCCGCAGGAAAUUUUUUUUUUUUGCCGCCCUCGUCUUGCUCCUUCGGAAAUCCGAAGAAAUUAAGAGGAAUCGGUGGGUAAUGAAGCAAAUCAAAUAAUCAAGGAAGCAACAAACAAGUCAAGCAACGAAAUUGGGCCAUUGGGGAUUCGGGGGCGAGGCAGGCGGCCGUACCUUCUGUGCAGACUGCGCUGCUCGGGGAAAUUGGGGCGGGACUGGGCGGACGGGAGGAGCGCGGGUUGGCGGGAGGCGGGGCACCGCCGUGGGGCCAUCAACUGCUCCGGGCUGCAUCUGCAUCGUGCCGGCGGCUCCUGGUCUAGGUCGAGGAACGGAGGAAGGAAAGGGCAAAUGACAGUCUGUACGUCUGCGUGCGAUGCGAGCGACGGAGCGAAUGAGCGAAUAGUGCAGCGAGAUAGCUUCUUUUGCGUUUCUGACGGAGUGAAUAUAUAUACAUAUUUUUUUUCUCGUCUAAAUCUUGGGUAUGCCUGGGAAUACAGGGGCAUACCCCUGGCGCCGCCCAUGCUUUGGGCAUCUUUGAUCUCCACCAAACUCUGCCCCGAAAACGAUGAUGGCGAGCAUGGCGCUUUGCGGACUGUGACGCUGAUGCCCAAUUCUGAGUUCGGGGUGCCUGUUAUGUUCUCAACAGCUAGUACCACUGAAGUUUAUGUCAUGCCUGCUGCAUCGGUGCAUGGCCACAUUCUCGACCAGAAGCUAGCAUCACAAAGGCUAAUGCAAUUUUUGAAGCUUCCCUUGGUCCUGAACGACAUAAUACUAGAAUCCCUAUGCAAAACAUGGUCCUAGGUGCUGCACCCAGUUUACUUAUAACAGAUCCCAUGGACAGUAGAAACAUCAACAGAGAUGGUAUUCCAGGAGAAGAUUGUGAAGUAUACAAACAUAAACAGAAAUGCAUGGCAAGGGUAUUUCCUACGAGAGUUGCUAAGGCAGAUUUGCAGCUAGAAAUUGCAUGGUUCUCCAGAGGUCAUGCUAGUGUCAGGCAACUCCAAAAACUAUUCUGUGAUUGCACGGUUUCUAUUGGUGUCCAUUUGACAAGGGCAACAGUUUGCUACACACUUUUAUGUGCUGAACGGAACAAAUUCAGAAAUCUGGCAUGCAGUUCAUCAAGUGCUAUUCCCUAUGGUUCUGAUUAUUUCAGAUGGGAAAUUGCAUGGUUUGAGUCAUCCAUGGGGGAGUGUCCGUUAUCCAUGUUUUGGCUCAAUUUCCAUGUCAAGUGCAUUACACAUUGGGUCAGCGUCCUCAGUUCUGUUCCAUGCAGAAAGUUCUUGAUCAAAUGGUCUGUGACAGGCAGUAUAGUGGGUUCUGCUCAUUUGUUUGAAUCUAUUUUUGGAUGGCAGAACUUGAAUGGGCAAGUUCUGGGAUGUACCAGUAUGGUUUUUCAUUACUCUUGUUUCUCUCUUGUCACUGGCGCAUGCAAUAGGGCCAUGGAGUUUGGUAUUCAAUGGCAGUUUUCCUUUGUUAGUGACAAAUCUCAGGCGACUUUCAGUGCAUUCUCAGCUGGACCUGUAAAUCUAUUUGCCCAGUGGCUGCAGAGUCCUGUUCAAGAUCAAGUCAUUGGCCUUCAGAGUGUAUGCAAGCUCGGUGUGCAAAUAUUCAGUGGACCUUCUUAUGUCAAAUAUCUGCUAGUUGGUGUGGCUGCAAGUGUUCUUAAGAAGCUGAACAUUCCUUGGUUACAUUUCCUCUUGCUUGAUCUGACGAGUGAAGUGCGAUUUGACUUGCCAAUAUUCCAAUGGGAAAUUGCUUGGCAACCACAAACUUCGAACUCUAAGCAAGAUUGUUACCAUCAGGUGCCUAGGGGAAUGCAGGCAGCCAAAUUUUGUUCAGUAGCAGUGCUUGAGCUGCAGGGGUCAACAUACAUGUUAUUUUCAGGUGGAACAUGUCAGGCUUGCAAGGUUCAGAUCUACAGGAAUUUCUCUUAUUCUGAUCAUUUUCAAGAAGGAAUAUAUUUCAACGGCAAAGCUAGUCAACACUGCAAGAUUAAAUGUGAUCCCGGAGACGAUAUGUUUGCACAAUGCAGUUUUGAUAAGAUGUGCACUACUCUACGCCAUUCUGAACAUUUCCAAUGGCCAUCCAUGCGGCUUGCAUAUGCUUUUUGGAUCUGCUUGGUAGCAUGGACUGUGUAUGUCUGGGAGAUCUCCAGGGGCUGCGAACAAGCUCCUUCUCAAGGAGGGAGGGACAUGGUCCGGGGCGCCUUCUUUGACAUUGUCUGUGUCAGCCACGACUACCACACGGCCUUCAUCAAGCAAAGCCCUGUCAGCUACGACAACUACCCCGACCAGGCAUCCUACUUCGACACAAUCUGCAGGGACAUCAUCUACUACUAUGGAGGCUACCACAUUGACUCGAGCAAAGCCAAUGAUGUUUACAUUCCAUGGGAUCCCGGCAAGUUAGUCCCCUAUUAUCAUCCGAAGCUUCGGCUUGGGGACAAGCCGGAUUUCAAGGAGAGGGGGAUGUUAGGAACCUAUCUCUAUACCACCGAUACUGGUAACUGGGUAGGCCUACUGGGCUGGCACAUGGGCCUGGUCCAACACCGACCCAUAGGAGAUACAAGCUACAUAUACUGGGAAGGAUGCAACGCUCAGGCCAUCCAAGUUGGAUCAGGCGAAACGGCGGCGGCUCCUUCCUCCCACCUCGGCUCUUCCUUUCCAUCCCCAUUCAUGCUGUUCAUCUUGUAUCAAAUAGCUAUCAGAAUCCUUGCAGUGUGCUAGAUUAGGUGAAUUGAUCAUCUGGCUGUUAACACUACCUGAAUGGGCUGUAUUUCUCUGGCA